AUGAAGGAAAAGAUUGUGAUCGAUAUCACUCUCAGCACUGAUAAUCGUUUAUCAAAGGCUAUGCAAAUUGCUGUAAAAUGUGCAGGGGUACUAUCGGUGAAUUCAGAUAAAGAAAAAGGGCAUUUGGUGGUAAUUGGAAUUGGUGUCGAUUUUUUUAAAUUGAUGAAAUGUAUAAAGAAAAAAUUCAACUGCGCUCGCAUUGUGAGCGUAGAAGAAGUGAAACCCGAAAAGAAACCCGACCCAAAACCGCAACCAGUUUGCUAUCCAAACCCAUGUGUGCAGUAUUAUCCAGUAUGCCGACCCGUUUAUGAUUCUCCUACUCCAAAUUGCACCACUAUGUAAAAAAAAACAAUU